AUGAAAUGGAAUAAAUGGCUGGCAUUUGUUCCUUUUCUUUCUCUUUGUUUUGCUGCCAAGCCCAUUGACGUUAAGGUCUCUACAGCAUUCAGCAAGCCUUCGUUUGUAGCUCUGUUAGCUGAAUCUUUACAUGAAGAAAAUAGAGAUAGCUUUCUAUGGUUUUUAAACAAUCUACCCUCAAUUCGAACCGAUGACUUGUCUACCGAUGAGCAGUUGUACAAUCACACCGUUGACUCUCUAAAGACCGAUAACAUCCUAUCCCAAGAAGAGCUUACUACAUUCUCUUAUUCUGUUGCGCUUUCAAGUGGCGCACCAAAGCUGGCCGCUUUUAGCAGUGUUGUUUCUUCUCAUCCUGAGAACUGUAACACUUUCCUAGUUUUAAACGAUCAAACGAAUCUUUGUUUUUCUGAUCUACCUAAAAACUUUUCUCUUUUUUCCGAGGAUUAUCAACCAACACCCCUUGACUAUAUUGUUCUAGGUGAUUAUUCCUCAGAAGCACUUCCAGUCGCUGUCAUAGUUACCGAUUUUGGAGUAGAAUUUGACAAGUUUCAUAGGCUCUACUUAUCUUUAGCAAAAAGAAAAGAAUGUAACUACAUUUUACGUUACGCACCUCCUCAGGAUGCUGACUUUAAAAAACUUUAUGUCAGCAGUUUCGGUGCUCAUGCCUCUUUAAAGAGCACGGACUAUCUGGUAAUGGAUGAUCGGGAAAUCCCAAUGUCUUCUAGUAAAGACAAUAUCAAUAGAAUUGGGGAAUCCAAGAAAAAAUCAGAAGUUCUCUUUGACUUGGAGUCCGAUGAACUGGAAAUCGUCACUCAAGACCAGAUUGCUGGUUUGGAUAUGCUGGCAUCAGAAGCCAUUAUUAGGAGCAAAAACCCUUUGAGAACAUUCAAGCUUCUUGCUCAGGAUUUUCCAAUGUAUGCUCAGCACCUAGCGUCAAAAGUCAGUAUUUCUGAGGAUCUUAUAGAAGAUGUCAAUAAUCUUCAAUCACUUGCGAUACCUGAAGGACAAAAUGCUAUUUGGCUGAAUGGAAUUCCUAUUGACCUUCAAGAAACCGAUGCCUUUACCAUUCUUUCCUGGUUGCGGAAAGAGCGUCACAUAUUAUCAGGAUUUCAAAAGUUGGGAAUUGAACCUUCGAAAGCCUCGAAAGUCCUAUCCAGUGAGCAAUUUGACGUUUCGGAAGCUGAAUUUAAGUUUGUUCGCUUUCACUGUCAAGAUGAUUUGGAAGACAAUAAAGCAAUCUUUUGGAUGAACGAAGUCGAAACUGAUACACGAUAUAGUAAGUGGCCCAAAAGCAUUAUGCAAUUGUUGACACCAAUUUACCCCGGUCAACUACAUCUCUUAAGGAGACAGUUGCAUACUGUUAUAUACCCUAUUUUCCCUUCUAGUAGUUCUUCAAUUUCACUGCUUUCUGAGCUUAUUCAGUUUUCUCGUCGACCUUCUCCUGUUCAAACUGGACUUGUGUGUGUAGCACCAGAGGGGGAUGAAUUUGGUAAGACGGUCUGUCGUGCAUUCCAUUAUGUUGCUAAAACAAGUUCAAAACCAAAUGCCCUUAAGUUUUUGUUUAAGUGUCUUGCAAGUGAUCCAUCUGCGGGUGCUUGGGCUCUUGUUGAAGAGCAUAUGCCCCUUGAAGACUACGAUGAAGAAACCUUUUCUAAAAUAAAAACAUCUCUUAAUUCCAAUAUAUAUGAUACGAUAUUAUUAAAGAGCUUUCAGUGGAGUUCGCGCUUAGGAUUAGAUCCAGAAAGCCAAGAUGUUAUUGUUAACGGACGAAUAAUUGCCCACGACGAGCAUUACGACAGUAACAUGUACGGUAUAUUUAUUGAAGAUAUCCCGGAAAUUCAGCUAGCUGUAGCUCGAGAAAUGGUCUCUGAGGAAGAAAACUUAUUGGAUUACCUCUUAAAGAGUGCGCCGCAUACUCGCAAUCCUUUGAUUUAUCCCUCUUCGAAAUCUAAAAUAAAACAAGUGGAUAUGCUUAGCCUUUUAGAUGGCACAGGGUAUACCCACUCCGAUCUUUUGACCAUCGGCGAUAGAAAGGCGAAGUAUUCAAUUUGGUUGGUUACAGAUUUCGCUUCUCAAGAAGGACUUGAAAUAUCCGCAAUACUGGCUGAAGCACUUUCAAAGUUUGAAAGCAGUAACCUAGUCUUAAUUCAAUCUGACUUUGAGGAUGAACUGCCGACAUUAAUUACCCAAUUAAGCUCUUAUUCUCAUCCUACAAAUGAAAAUUUGCUCAAAUUACUGAAAAACAGUACGAAUAAACAACACGCCAAAACGACUAAUAAAGUGAAGUCCAAACUUGCUAAGUAUUCGGAAGCAUCCAAAGCUAUUGUUGCGAAUAUUAAUCAGCCCAGUCAUUCGGCCUUGAUACUGAACGGAAGAUUGAUUACUUCAGUUUCUGUUGACAAGUUAGGAGUAGAGGAUUUUGAAAUGCUGCUCUCUCAAGAAAAAAGCAAUUAUAUGGGCAAACUUGAUAAUGCUCUUGAUAACGCUAGUCAACUUCAAAAGAAAGGUAUUCUGCCGUUUGUUAGCUCAUACCUAAAAAAAUUGGAAUUCGACUACGUACAUGGCUCCGUUCCAGGACGUGAAAAGGCUAUGUUUCCUAGGGAUAAUUUUCACAGCCAGUUGCCAACGAGUUCUUUAACCAUAGGAACGGAUAAUUUUGAUUCUUGUACUUACCAUUUCGUUGCUAUUUUAGAUCCUUUGUCUAAGGCAUCGCAAAAGUGGUCUGCUAUACUUGAAUCCAUUUCUCAUUUGGAUGGUGUCGGCGUUCGUAUUUAUUUGAAUCCUUCAAAAGGCCUUUCCGAUUUCCCUCUUUCUAGAUUUUAUAGGUAUUCGAUUGAGCAUGAACCUGUUUUCGAUAGUGAAGGACAUAUCAAAGAUUCAAGUAUAGAAUUUGAUAAACUUCCCGCAGAGACUCUACUUACUAUGGACAUUGAAUCUCGUGAUACGUGGGUGGUAAUGCAGGAUGAGGUGGACAUAGAUCUUUAUAAUAUCAAAUUGGAGCACACAUCACCUAAGGUACACGAUGAACCUAUUUCGGCGGUUUACGAGCUUAAGAACAUCCUUAUACAGGGUUUUUCUCAAGAGGAGAAUGUGAAGACACCACCUCGAGGAAUGCAAUUGGCACUAGAGACUUUACAGCACGAACAUUCUACUGACACAAUUGUUCUUGCCAAUUUGGGUUACUUUCAGUUGAAAGCUAAUCCUGGUAUUUGGAACCUAAAACCGUUGUCUGGUCGCUCAUCUCAGUUUUAUACUAUUACAACAUUGGAUAAACUUAAUCCUAGUGAAGAAAAGCAGGUGGUUCUUAAUAGCUUUGAAGGGGUGACUUUAUAUCCCGUGAUGCGAAGAAAUCCCGGUUUUGAAUCCUCCGAUAUAUUAGAUGAAGACAUGAGUCCACAGAGAUUCUUUGACAAAAUGAAAAAGAAAAUUAACUUGUUUACAAAUAGAAACAGAGAGCCAACCAUCAACAUUUUUUCGGUUGCCAGCGGACACCUGUAUGAACGGUUCAUGUAUAUCAUGACAAAGAGUGUCAUGCAGCAUACCAACAAAAAAGUAAAGUUUUGGUUUAUUGAAAACUUCCUUUCCCCUUCUUUCAAGCAUUCAAUUCCAGUCUUGGCGAGUGAAUAUGGAUUUGAAUAUGAAUACGUAACUUAUAACUGGCCUGAAUGGCUAAGAAAUCAGGACGAGAAACAAAGAGAAAUAUGGGGAUAUAAGAUUUUGUUCUUGGAUGUAUUGUUCCCACUCGAUCUUCAUAAAGUUAUUUUUGUGGAUGCUGACCAGAUAGUCCGUGCGGAUUUACAGGAAUUAAUGGACAUGGAUUUGCAAGGAGCUCCAUAUGCUUAUACUCCUAUGUGUGAUUCUCGUGAGGAAAUGGAAGGUUUCCGUUUCUGGAAGCAGGGAUAUUGGGAAAAGUUUCUGCGUGGCCUCAAAUAUCAUAUAAGUGCUCUUUACGUUGUUGAUCUUGAUCGUUUUCGUAAAAUGAGCGCAGGAGAUUUGCUUCGUAGACAAUACCAAUUAUUGUCAGCCGACCCUAACUCAUUGUCAAAUUUGGAUCAAGAUUUACCCAAUAAUCUCCAACAUCUGAUCCCCAUUCAUUCACUUCCUCAAGAAUGGCUUUGGUGCGAGACUUGGUGCAGUGAUCAGAGUCUGAAAAAAGCCAAGACGAUUGAUUUGUGCCAAAAUCCUUUGACGAAAGAAAAGAAACUUGAUCGUGCUCGUCGCCAGGUGAGUGAAUGGACUACUUAUGACAACGAAAUUUCUGCGUUGUUGCGAAAUGCUGAAGAAAAGUCUCUGCAUCUUACCUUUACGCCUUCUGUUCAGGAUUCACAAGAGAAUAAGGAGGAUACGGAUGAGCUAUAA